AUGAUCAAAUUUGGAGAUUGUCAGGAAAAUGAUGCCAAAUUACGUCAAAAGGAUGGGGCUUCGAGCAAUGGGCUACAUGAGAGUGAGGUUCUACCUGUAAAUGAUGGAGAGGCAGUGGCCACCGCAAUUGCAUUCAAGCAGCUGGAGAAUGGAAAGAAAGGGCUGGAAGCAUCAAAUCAAAAAAUGGCGAAUGAAUUGGCCAUUGAGAAGAUAGAAAAAGCGCAACUUGAGAAAGACCUCAAGGAAAGCAAAGACAAGAUAGAAGAGUUGCUGUUGGAACUGCGGACCAUAGAGGAGAAAGCAAAGGAUCUUGGGGAGCAGCUGAAGAAGGAACAAAAUGCAUAUAGAGGGAUAGAGAGAGAUAAACGAACAAUCGAGAAUAAGCUCAAGGAAAGCAGCGAUCAGGUCUCAUAUCCUAGUCAUUUUCAACAUAUGGAUCUGUCCACGCCAAAUGGUGCGAAGAACCCUAGCAGGAACGUUCUCUAA